GUGAAAACAGAAUAAUACUUCACGUCCCUAAGAAAGUUUCUCUGUGUUGGCAAGGAAAUGAUAAAAGAGUGUAAUUAAGCAAUGAUGACCCUACAGUGAAAUGUGGAUUCUUUACAAUAUACAGUGUCCUUCCCACCAGCAUAUGUGUUUGUCAGAUGUUUAUAGAAUCUUCAUUAACUAAGAGCUUUGCUAGAUAACAGAAGCUAAAGCAUGGCAUCAAUGACUCAGAUAAGGGCAAGUGUACAACCAAUCUGCUUGACAACUGACAAGAGGCUGGGGUUUGAAGCGGACUGCAAAAGGACUCAAGAAAGUGAUCUGCAAAGGGCAUCCCCAUUCCCAGUGUCUGCCGUCCAUCUAGUUUCCUCUGCCUGUAAUGAAACAGGAGUUUUCAUCAUUUAAAAUACAACUGUCCUCUUGUCUCUUCAUCAGAAAGUAAAUAUAGAAGAAAUGCACUAUUUUGGGGUACUAGCUGCAUUGUCUGUUUUCAAUAUAAUUGCCUGUUUGACAAGAGGCAAGCCUCUGAAAGACUGGGACAAGCCACCAGCUCUGGGAAAAUCCGAUGCACCCUUUCGUGAUCCUGGGCAAGUGGAAGACGAGACCCACGUCGACUUUAAAGCUUUCCUGGAGAAUAUGAAGAUGGAUUUACUAAGGAGUUUGAAUUUAUCAAAGGUCCCCUCACAAGAGAAGACCAAAGAAGAACCACCACAGUUCAUGAUUGAUUUAUAUAACAGAUAUGCUGCAGACAAGUCCUCCAUCCCUGCAUCCAACAUUGUGAGGAGCUUCAGUACUGAAGAUGUUGUUACUUUAGCAACACCAGAAGAAAAUCCAUUGCAGAAACACAUCUUGCUCUUCAACAUCUCUAUUCCACGAUAUGAGGAAAUCACCAGAGCUGAAUUGAGAAUUUAUAUCUCCUGUCACAGGGAAGUUGGGUCUCUCUCUAGACUGGAAGGCAACAUGGUCAUUUAUGAUGUUCUAGACGGAGACCACUGGGAAAAUCAAGAAAGCACCAAAUCUUUCCUUGUCUCCCAUGAUAUCCAGGAGUGUGGCUGGGAGAUGUUUGAAGUGUCCAGUGCUGUGAAAAGGUGGGUCAGGACAGACAAACAGAAGACUAAAAACAAGCUGGAGGUUGUUAUAGAAAGUAAAGCUCUGGGUGGUUUCACAUGCGGGAAGCCAGACAUCAGUGUCACUCCAGACACUAAAAAUCUGCCGCUGUUAAUAGUGUUCUCCAAUGAUCGCAGCAAUGGGACAAAAGAGACCAAAGUGGAGCUCCGGGAGAUGAUUGCUCAUGAACAAGGCAGCGUGCUAAGGAAGUUAGCGAAGAACAACACCCUGCCUCAAGAGGAAGAUGAGAGGGAGGUAAAGGCCAUUGCCAAGCCCCACCACCAUUCCUCCAGAAGCAAAAGAAGUACCAGACCCAACCACUGCCGAAGAACUUCCCUCCACGUGAACUUUGAGGAGAUCGGCUGGGAUUCCUGGAUCAUUGCGCCCAAAGAUUAUGAGGCUUUUGAGUGUAAAGGAGGCUGCUUCUUCCCUCUGACAGAUAACGUUACCCCAACAAAACAUGCUAUCGUCCAAACUCUGGUGCACCUCCAAAACCCAAAGAAAGCUUCCAAGGCCUGCUGUGUUCCAACCAAACUGGAUUCAAUCUCCAUUCUUUAUAAGGAUGAUGCUGGUGUGCCCACUUUGAUAUAUAACUAUGAAGGGAUGAAAGUGGCAGAAUGUGGUUGCAGGUAGUACCCAAGGCAGCAUCCCAGAGAGCAAGAACAGACCGUUUUCUGCGCUGUGUAAAUCUGUACAUUAGUGAUGUAAAUGAAAAUUCUUGCAAACAAGCUUUGGGGCAGGGCAGGAGGCUGGUGGUGG